AUGGAGCAUGAAAAGACCGCAGACCACCAACCUGGCGAUACGAGCAAAACGGAAGAGUCUGAUGCAAGGCGCCGUUCAAGUCUCGUUGAUGUGCGCGACGAUGAGUUCAUCAACGUCUCUGGCCAUAAACAAGAGCUCGACCGCCUCUUCAGCUCCUUCAGUGUCGUGUCGACAGCCAUCACCACCGGCAAUGUAUGGAUUGCCCUUGCUGGCACCAUCGCCGUGGCCAUUUUCAAUGGCGGUCCCACUGGCAUAAUCUACGAAUUCAUCGUCGUCUCCUUCUUUUACUGGUUCAUUGCAGCCAGUGUUGCCGAACUGGCUUCCGCAAUUCCUUCUUCUGCGGGAGUCUAUCACUGGGCUACGGUCACGGCUGGGCCACGUUAUGGUCGCGUAUGCGGAUAUUUGGCAGGAUGGUGGAACUUCUUCGCCUGGAUCUUUGCCACGGCCGUGACCUUGCAGAUCACGGCAGCUAUAAUCAUUACGAUGGCCCAGCUCAAUGCAUCAACCUAUGAGUAUCAGCGGUGGCAGGUCUUUGUGCUCUUCUUGUUCUGCGCCUGGCUUUUCGCAGCAGUCGUGCUGUUCUUCAACAAGGCCAUCCCCCUUCUCGAGCAAAUCGGGGGCUUCUUCAUCAUUGCCGGGUUUUUGAUCACGGUCCUCGUCUCAGCUAUUAUGCCGCACGUGCAGCAUAGAGAAUAUGCCACUUCCCAUCAGGUGUGGAACUCGUUCACAAAUUUGACGGGGUAUAGCAGUUCUGGAUUUGCUUUUCUACUGGGAAUGCUGAACGGAGCGUUUGCGGUCGGAGUGCCUGACCUCACAAGUCAUUUGGCCGAAGAGAUGCAAAAUCCCAGCAAAAACAUUCCGGUAGCAGUGCUUUGGCAAUAUAUCAUCGGCUUCCUCACCGGCCUACUGUUUCUGAUUGCGGUCCUCUACGGCCUGACCGACCUCGACAGUCUCUUUGACACAGGCUACGUCUUCCCACUCGGCGAGAUCUACCGCCAAGGUACAGGCACCAGUGCUGGGGCUAUUGGCCUUUUGUUCCUCGUCCUUGCGCCCACCACGAUUGCCUGCAUGGGAUGUUAUUUGACGGCCUCGAGAAUUUUCUGGACAUUGGCCCGUGAUCGCGCCACUCCUUUUGCGGGAUUCUUCUCAACGGUCUCUCCGCGCUUGAAAGUCCCGGCGAACUCGAUCGUUUUGUGUGCAGUGAUCUGCACGAUCCUUGGAUGUAUCUACGUCGGUAAUCUGACCGCCUUUAACGCCUUUACCAGCUCUUACAUCGUCCUCUCCAUGGGUUCGUAUCUCUCCGCGAUUUUGCCGAAUCUGCUAUCCCGACGAACAAAGGUUGUCCCGGGACGGUUCUAUAUGCCCGGCGCGAUCGGGCUCGUUGUCAACACGGUCUCGUGCCUGUUUAUGAUGGCCUUUAUUGUGAUUUUCUGCUUUCCGUUCGCCAUGCCCGUCGACGCCGAGACGAUGAAUUAUACGUGCGUCAUUUUCGGGGGACUUACCAUUAUCAUGGGCACUUUCUACCUGCUUCUGAGACGGCAGUAUGAUGGGCCUCGCGUGAUCAUGCUCGGUAAGAGCGUGGAGAUGACCGCGCAGGAAUACCGCAACUCGAUCGCCGCGUGA